UCGUCCCACUUUUUACAUCCUUGAUUAAUUCGAAAAAAAACGAGUGACAUCGUGAUUCAAGUAGAAGAUUGCACAUUUUCACCAACAAUUGAUUUGACAAAAUAGUUUUUCCACACAGUAAUUAUAUAUUAGUAAUUAUAUAUCUACAAUGUUGUUUUCUAGUGAUUGUACAUUAGUUUAUUUAAUUAACAGCCAGGAUAAUGACGAAGUCAAGUCGAUUAUCACUACUACAUCUGUGCAUAAUGCAGUCGAUGAAAAAAAUAAUACAUUAUUACAUUAUGCAGCUGAAUAUGGAAAUCCAGAGAUUGUGCAGUUUCUUAUAGACUUAGGUAGCAAUGUUGACCCCAAAAAUAACCUUGGACAAACUCCAAUAGUUAAAAGCUUUCAAUCUGAUUUGCCAUGCAAAAAUGUCAUAAGCAUUUUGCUUAGAGCUGGGAGUGAUAUAAUGGAGCAGGACGUAAAUGGUUACAGUGCAUUUAGUUUUGUCAAUUGCAUUGAAUGGUUAAUGAAAGAUACUAGAAGGGUUGAGAUCCUAAAAGUGGUACUCGAAUAUCAAAAUUUGAUUUAUUACCUAAGCUGUUUCAAUGUGUUGAUUGAGGCAAAUAAAGAAGUCAUUAAGACAUUAGUGCAGACAAAUAUCGAUUUAUGCGUGCCUGAUAUUGACAGACAAUCUUUAGUUCACGUUCUUGCAAUGAACCCUCAUCCUCAUGUUACGGAGCAACUGCACGGUAAAAAUUUCGAUGUGGAUAUGCGUGAUAAUUUUGGACGGACGCCAUUGAUGUAUGCAGCAAUGAAUGGAAACGUCGGUGGUGUGAAGUUUUUACUCAAUGAAGGGGCUGACAUCGAAGCCAUCGAUUACGAUAACAUGACAGCUUUGUAUAUAGCCAUUAUCAGCAAAAUGAAGAAUGCCGAAGAAAAACUUGGGGCCAUUCAAGUUCUGCUGGGGCAUGGCGCAAAUUUACAAAUAAAAAUUGCUGGUGACAGCAGUAGAACAAUCUUUGAUGCAUUGUUAAAGGAUAAAAAAAACUUUGUAUUGGCGAAACUUAUGCUCGCUCAUUUAGCUUUGCAAGAGUUAGUCGGAACAUCUAUUCUCGAACUUAUUCGCAAUAAAAUCGAUUCCAAUAUUCGAUUCAAAUCUUACUUUGAAUAUUGCCAUCGACAGCUUUCUAUGACAAUCUACCCGUCGAUCACGUUGUUUGACUUACUUACACUGAGUUCAAAAAAAAUGGAGCAUUAUUUACGUAACAAGGAAUUCAAGGCUUUGUUGAACAAUUACGAGACGACAAUUGAUUAUUUCAACAAUAUACUAUACAAGAGGGUAGAAAAAGCUAGUCGAAUGGUUGAGCUGAAGAAAGCAGCAGCUAAGAAUUGUUCUACACUGAUGAAGUUCGAGUAUGAUAAUUAUCCUUUCAUCGCUGAUCAAAUAGUUGAUUAUUUAGAGGAGCGAGAUAUUGAGUGCUUAAAACUUAUUACUUCAAAAUAA